CUAACCCGUCGCCGGUCGUUUGUGCGCCGUGUUUACAUGAUGGUCGCGUCUGUUAACGACCCUCUUCACUGGUUCUAGCUGGUGUUACUGGUGUUACUGGUCUACAGGGCCGCGGGAUGGACUUCUGUCGGCAGCAGGUGAAGGCGGACUGCGUGGAGCUGCUCAGCCGCCUGCAGACCACCGAGUCCGUCCGCUACCAGGCGUUCUCUCAGGCGUGGAGGGACAUGCGGUUCUCUCAGGUCUUCUACGGCACUGUGAACCACAAAGAGAGGCGAGCGUUCAGCCGUCUGAUUCUGGACACCGCCUACAGCUUCUUCUUGCCUCCGUACAGCUUCCAGAUCAGAGUGGGAGGACUUUACCUGCUGUACAGCUUGUAUCACUGUCAGAUCACCUCUCCACCAGAGCAGAUCCAUCUGGCGCUGAAGGACUGGGAGGACGUGAAGAAGUUUGAAAAGGACUCCAUGGACGCUCAGCACCACGACGUCGUUUACAUCCUCCGACAGCUGUUGUCCCGCAAAGCUUUCAGCUUCACCGCCAUGCCCACUAUGCUUGUCUUCAAGAAGAAGAGGAAGGUGGAGGGCUUGAAGCUGUGUGAGGAGUUCAUGGAGCGACCGUCUCGUCCACAGGAGCUCAUCAACAUGGAGCUGCUGGAGGAAUUGUCCAACAUUGAUGAGCUCUACGGGAAGCUGAAGACUUCUGUCUCUGCGGCCUCAGAGCAGCCGGGUUCCUCCAUCAGCCUGAUCCGUAGAGACCUGGUCCCGCAGCUACGCAGCACUGUGGUGGAUUUCUACAAGUGGCAGCAAAGGAAGAGUCGUCCUGAUGAAGAUGAAGAUGAAGACAGCGGUGAGGGGACGUCAUCUCAGCAGGAGUGCUCCAAAAGAGCCCAGCGUCUCGCCUCCAUCAAAUCAAAGGCGUACGGAGAGGCAGCAGAGGCCUCCAAGUCCCGGCGUCAUCGGCAGGUGGAGGUGGAUUUCACGAGUAACGUGGCCGGACCCCCCCACUCCUCAAGUUACACCAGAACCAAUAAACCGUCUCUCAAAGCCAGAACCAAUGAGAAUGUGCACAUCUCAGGUGACUUGUGGGAAGAAGCCACAACGGCGACUCAGAUCAAGUGUCUCACCACACUGGACUUUGCUCCUGAAGGAAAACCAAAAACACUCAAAAGAUUCAAGUGGUGAUGGAGACAGAAGUCAGCCUGCAGUUUGUUUCAAAGUGUGGAUUAAGAUUUGUUAUUGUAAUAAUCUUAAAUUAUCUUAAAUGUUCUGUAUCAUAGAAGUGUGAAGGUUUUUGUUUUUUUACAUUUUAAAGUGUUUUAACUUGUUUUUAUAAUGAAUGAAACUAAAGAAAGAAUAUUGUUCUUCUGCUUUUAGUAAAUGCAGCGAUUUCUAAAAUGUAAACACCUUGAUAAAUCAUCAAUGCUGACAAACAUAAGUUUUCUUUUUGCAAUUUUAGAGCCAUCACGUACUUGCCUCUGAAGUCUUAACCAUUACAGUAAAAAGCAUAAUGUCGGAUGUGUCUACUAACUUGUGCACGUGAAAAAAGUUAAGUCGUGCUGUAACUCUAACAAUUUACAAAGUUCAUCUCUCUGGGCAACUUCUUCUGUGAAAAAGUUAUAACUUGAUUUCUGUUAUACAGUUUCACUGUUUUAUAUAAAAACUGUUGUU